AUGGUAGUGGAAGCACUGAAUUUCAUGGCCUCUACGUAUACAAACCUCUCCUGUUACGUGCCUUCAAUUCCCAAACGAUCCUCCACACGCAAUUUUUCUUCAUCCGUUUAUCCCUCGAACACUUGUGGGUACAGUGGAAUUUCCCAUCACAAAGCCAUUUCGAGCUCGAGAACGCAUGCCAAGUUUGAGAAAUUCCAAGGCCAAGAAAAUCCGGAAGAGUUCACAGAGUUGUCUUCUUUAGACCCAGAGCCAAUUCAAGAAGAUGAAGAAAGAGAAGAAGAAGAUGACAGUUGCUUGCCGUCAAAUUUGGAGGGUGCGGUUCAACAGUCGGGCCUAGCAACUGCGGAUUUUGUUUCCUCUGGAGGAAUGAGAGCCAUAGUUGAAUUGUUAAUCCCACAGCUGCAGUUUCUUGACGAUGAAGGAGCUCAAGCUGAACUGUGGGGGGUGUCAAAGAUAUUCUUAGAUACACUUAUUGAAGAAACGGGAGGCCAGAGAGUUAAAGCUGUAUUUCCGGAUGCUGGUGCUGCUGCCCUUCUAAAGUAUCAGUGGAAAGAUGCUACCUUUGGUUUCUCCAGUUUAGGUGACCGGAAGCCCGUGGACUCUGAAGAUGAAAUUGUAGUGAUGGUGGUUCCUGAUUAUCAGAUGCUGGAAUACGUCCAAAAAAUUGCAUCUUAUCUCUCAGACGAUCCGCCUAGGCCUCUUAUCAUGUGGAACCCACGUCUUGUUAGUGAGGAUGUUGGAGUCGGAAUUAAUGUUCGCCGAUUACGCAGGAACUUUUUAAGCACUUUCACGGUCGUAUAUUCAAUGAGGCCCCUUCCUUCUGGUGCUGUGUUUAGAUGCUAUCCCGGAUUAUGGAAAGUGUUUUACGAUGAUAAGGAGAGGCCUAACAGAUACCUUCUUGCCAAGGAACAGAUAAGCCGUCCUGAUUCAGAAGAACUUGAGAUAAUAUUUGGAGGAAUCGGAAACCAGGAAGAGAAAGGAACGUCUUUGUUUGAUCAAGCCGCAGGCAUCUUCUCCUCGUUAAACCGGUUCAUGAAAGUCAUUUCAAAGUAA